UAAAGAGCGGCGGCCGCAGCCCGCCCCGUCUCUCGGCGCCGCCGGCAGCAUGACGGCCAUCGGGGCGCAGGCACAGCACCUGCUGGCACACCGGAGACCCCAGAAAUCCUUCUUUGAGACGCUCAUCAGGAGCCUGAUCAUCCUGUGCGUGGCCAUAGCCGUGGUCCUGUCGUCCAUCUCCAUCUGCGAUGGCCGCUGGCUCUUUGUCAGGGGGCAGCUCCUGGGACUGUGGCACUUCUGCACCGUUAGCAAUGACAGUGUCCUGAAGUGUGUCACAGACCUCAGCCUGGCCCAGGUGGAGGGGCUGAGUGUGGGGGUGAUUCCCAUCAGGAGCAUGGUGUCCUUUGCUGUCGUGGUUGCCAUAUUUGGGUUGGAGCUGCUGAUGGUGUCCCAAGUCUGCGAUGAUGCCAACGCAAGGAGGAAAUGGGCAAUGGGCUCCGUUCUCAUCCUCAUCUCAUUUUUGCUGUCAGCCACUGGUGUUCUGAGCUUCUCCAUCCUGGUGAAGGAUCACCUCACCUUCACAGGCUUCACACUGACAUACUGGUGUGAGUUCAUUGCUGCCUUUCUCUUCUUCCUUAACGGAAUCAGUGGACUUCACAUCAACAGCCUCACACACCUCAGGAACGGGGUAGGCAAAAUCUAGGCACAAAGGACACACCUCUGCCUUUGUGUAAUCAGCUUUGCCAAUUAGACUGGAAAAAAAAGAGUCUAAUGAAGUUUGAAAAGGAUGCACUGUGUUAAUUUGUGCGCAAGGAGGAGAAGCAUGAGUCAGUCUUGAUGCCUGUAGAAGACAUACCCACCCACUGGUCAGCAUGGAGGGCUGUGCAACACCAGCCAAGCAGAGACUGGGACUGGCUGCUACUGCAAUGUGGUUUUCUGGAGGAGUGGAUUAAAGCAGAGAGUGUCCUGUUAAACGUGCAGAGAUUUGGAAGACUGCAGUCUAUCCCACAUGUUGAUCUGAGGCUUACACAACACCUGUACUGCUGUGGGUUUGGUGUUGCUGUGCUUUUCCUCACAUUCUGGAGCCUGUGAAGAGUGUGAUACAACUUCAGUGUGUCUCACGGAUUUGUUCUGGCUCAGGAACAGAUGAUUUCUGCCUGGCCAUGCUCACUGGUGUGGAGUAUUGAAAAUCUUCACUGGAUCUUACUGCUUCAUUUUUCUUUCAAAAGAGAAGGCACACAGAACUUGAUCUGGUCACAGGUUUUGUUUCCUUCUGGCACAUUCCCUUUGUCUGUUCUUUUCUUGGUCAGUGUUUUGGGGACACUUCAGACAGAGGUGCUGAUUUGGGGCCAGGGGUAGGUGUUGGGUGAUGCAGGGGAAGCAUGUGAGCCUUUCCUCAGGCAGCAGUGCAUGUCCCUGUGUUUGUGGCCAAUCCCCAGUGUCACCACUCUCCUCUCAUCCCUGAAGGACAUGUGCCAACUGGUCAACCAAACUGCCUCUCUCAUAACCCUUGCAAAGUUUGCCAUUACAGGGCAUUGCUGGUUUGUUUUCUUUGUUUCUUUGGGGCAAGAGGGACAAGCUCUGUGGAGGCUUCAUGGGGUGUUGUGGCUGGGCAGACCAUGCAGGGACCACCACAGCUUCUGAGAUGCGUUUUGGUUAUCACAUAGAAUCUCUUUUGGAGAGGAGCAAGACCUAGGUCCUCCUGAUCAGAUCAGGUCCUUUUCUUCUCCUGACUAACAGAGCCUGGGAGGAGAAGCAGCCUGUGAUUGCCUAAGGAGGGGCUGAUGGGUGCAGCUCUAAUCUGUCACCACUGGUAGAAAUAUUGAGAGACCUGGCCAAAAUUAUUAUGCUAAGGCUGGUCUUCCUCCUGCCAAUGUCUGAGUCAAGUUCUCUAAAGUUGCUACAGCUUUACAUGGUGUCUUAUGUAAAAGGAGAGAAGAUCUCUUUGUAGAGUAGAUUGCCCUACAUGUGUUCUCCCUGUCCAACACAUAGCACUCGGUUGCUCACAGAUAAAAGUGUUUUCAGAGUAUUUCAGGUUUUCUGGUUUACUGUUUGCUUUGUAUCCACUGGUAAAGCUGCUUAUAUCCUUGUUUUAGAACAAAUGUUUCUGCAUGUUUCAUCCCUGUACUUUAUUGAGCAAGGUUUUAGUUUCCUGUGCAACAAGUUUGACACAGUUUUUCACUUGAAACUAAUUCAUCAUAGCACAGAGGGCAAAAAGUCUGCGUAGGUGAGCCACGAGUAAACAGCUUUGUCUUUGAAAGCUAAGAGUCUUAAUCUGUGCCUGAGCUGAAUGUCACACUUUGAAUGUGCUCCUGUGGACUGGCUUUCAAGGACAGUCUCCAUUCCUUGCUGGACUUCUGUAGCUGAAGACAACACUCCUGAGCCCGUUUGGCAAUGCAGGUUCAGACUUGGUGUGUUCUGGAUGGUGCCAGUUGCACUUGAGCACAUGAAUCUGCUGAUCUUUCCGUAAAGAUGAUGGAGAGCUGUGCUACCCAGACGGCUCCUGAAGCUUGUGAUGUUUGGGGCUUUCAUGUGGUUUCUUAGCCCAUUCUCAAGGACAAGGACUUGUGCCCGUAACUUGUUUCUGGAAAACUGCACUGUGACUGUGAAGAUGCUUUUGAUUUGCUGAAUGGCACUGUUGAAAACACACUGCUGGGCUGAACUUGCAGAUGCUUGUAUGAGCUGCUGCUCUUGGCUUUAGCAAAGCCAUUUAGGGCCAAAGAAGACCCCACAAGACCUGGUCCCAAACUGCUGCCCUUUGGUGUUACCAGGGGUACCAGGAGUACCUUAACUAACCAAAGAUAAAAUUAAAGGUGUGGUGCCCAUGCCAGGCAAGACAGUUCCACUACAAGUAAGGGUGUCUGUGGCUUGCCUAGAAACAUGAAUGUACCCUCAGAGUGAUAUUUUUGUGACAUGCAGGCUUGGAAAUCACUUGUGUGUACAUUCCCUCAUGCUAGUGAGAGGCUGUGCCUCCAUCCCUUUCCUUGGAAGGCAGCCAUGGCCAGACCAGGUUCCAGGCUGGUGCCCCCUGCUUGGGUUAGAGGGAGACUGGACAAUUGGCCAUUGAGUUCACUCUAGACAUGGUGCAAUUGGGAACGAUUUUCAGGAUGCCCUCUGCUAGCUGAAGAAGAGGCCUUUUGUUGGGGGUAGGGAAUUCUCUGAGGAAAAUAGGGUAACUUUUUUUCCCAACUUUUUUUUUUUUUUGUGUAGUACUGCUCAAUUAUGCUGGGAAAAGAUGAAUUUUGACAGCUAAAUAUUACAAAACAGAGUUCAUUGUCUUGGAGACGUCCUUAUAUAGAGCAAGCUGUGCAGCAGUGGGUCAGUGCUCAUUUUCUGAAGCGUGUGGAAGUGUCAAGCAAUAUUCCUGAAGUUUGUUAAAUAAAUUGAUUUGAAAUAAGAA